AUGGGAUCUCUUAUUCCUGGUCUUCCGGAUGACAUGGGGUGGGAAUGCCUGGUGAGGGUGAAGUUGAACGCUCAUCACAUCCUCAGGUGUGUCUGCAAAAGCUGGAACGACGCAUUGAAAAGCCCCCACUUUUAUCAAGAAAGAAAAAGAUUGAAGAUUUCCGAGCAACGGAUUUGUAUGCUCCUUUGCAGAGAGGACAUUCGCGACAGAGUAGUUGUAUACGACCCGGAGAAUAACUCGUGUAAAACUCUACCAGCCAUUCCGGGAAAAAAUGACGCCAUGUUUUGCUGCCAUUUCGUGAAACAAAAACUGGUUUUGAUUGCGGAUUAUAAUUUCGACCAUACAAGACGUUGUAUGUGGUUGUACGAUUUUGCUUGUUCGAAAUGGCGGAAGGGUGCAAAAUUGCCAUAUUGCCGAAAUUUUUCAAGAUUUGCCUCCGCAGUGGAUGAGGCGGAGGGACUGAUUUAUGUUGGUGGAGGGUAUUGCAGUUCUGACAAUCGUAGAUGGUAUCGCAAAGGUCGAGGGUAUUGCAGGUUUCACAAUGGUGGAGUGCGCAAGGUGUUUGGUAAACCCGUCCGUAGCGCUUCAGUUUACAAUGUGGAGAAGAACAAGUGGUAUCAUCUCCCCGACAUGAACACCUGCAUGGAGUUCCAUAGCGGUCAUUUUGUUGACGGCAAGUUUUAUGUAAUGGGACCUUCUAACAGUUUUGAGGUUUUUGAUUCCUACACGAGAAGCUGGAAAACUAUGGAGAAUAGUUUCGACACUCCGCAUUUCGUAAGUGGAUUUGGGCGCUUUUAUUGCUUGUCUGGUAGCGGACUGAUUGAAUAUGACUAUAAGCAAGAUAAACUGCACAUUGUCGGGCCUGUUCCAACGGAGGGUUGGUGCCGAUUCACUCACUGUGCAGUGGUUGGCAAUAAAAUCUUUGUGAGCAAACAGGAUCAUACAAUUGAAGGUCGAUGUUUUUAUAUGCUUACACCUCCAAGUGAGACAAGAGGAACAGUCGAGGUGAUUCGCAUUAAGAGAUCAUCGGGCCUCCAGGAUGAGCUUACAGGAGCUGCUACCCUGGAUCUUUGA